CAGCCGUUCAUAGGUACAGGCCGAGCCCGCUCCGCCCUCUUGUCGCUUUUCCCCCUCGCUCGCUCCCAUCAUUGAAGCACUUAUAUUUCGCUGCUUCGGCCGCUCUCCGCAUUGCCGCAGACCAGCCUCGCCGCGCGGGAGGCGGAGCGUCCUGGUGCCCGAGAAGAAGCGGCGCGCUUUUCUGGGCGCGAGGGAAAGCGGCGGGCCCGGAUUUUGCUGCAGAGAGAUUGCGGCGGAGCGUCGAGCUGCGGGCAGGAGGACUUCAGGGGAGCCAUGGACAAAAUGAACAGCAUUCUGCUUACAAUAUUCAUUAUUGUAACUGUGUCCUGCAGUUCCGGCUAUGCACUCCGAUGUUACACUUGCGAACAAAGCCCCUUCCUGUGUAGGACAAACCUUACCUGUAGCUACGAAGAAGAUGCUUGCUUGCAAAUUAGGUUUGUGCAUUUAAGAACCUAUAGCUGCUGGAAAAUGUCACAGUGUACCACAGAACAAGUUGCCAAUUACUUUAACGCUGACAGUUUUAGGUUCCUUUGCUGCCAAAGAGAUCUCUGCAACAAAAGUUUAAACACCAUGGUCAGUACGGUUCCUCUAGCCAUUUCUGCAAUGACUGUGAUUUGGAUGAUGUUCCUGUGAUAUGGAGCUUUUAAAAAUGUGUUGUCUAUACACACCACACUUUCCCAUCCUUUUUUUUAGUUGAUAUGUCUGCAGCAUUUGGAGAAGGGGUGCAUUGUCUUAAGUAUUCAGAUACACAAAAGAGAAGGAGCUGCCAGGACAGGUUAAAAUCCCCUUUUCAGAUAACUUGGAAAACAGGAAAACUCUCCUGAAUGAGAGAAACCCAUUCUGUAAUAAAAUGUUCUCAGCCAGU